ACCCGCUAGCUUUCUGUCGGCGCAGAGGCUAGGCUAAGCUAACACCGCUAAUCAUGAAGGCGCUUAGGGGAAUGGUGAGCGGAGCCGUGAACGAGUUUACCUCGGCUGUCAGCGGACACAAACCUGCUGCCUCUCGGGAGCACGUCCUCGCAGUCACCCGCGACUACAUCUCUCAACCGAGGCUGACAUAUAAAACCGUAUCAGGUGUUAACGGCCCUUUGGUGAUCUUGGACCAAGUGAAGUUUCCCAGGUACGCCGAGAUCGUCCACUUGACCCUCCCGGAUGGCACGAAGCGCAGCGGCCAGGUGCUGGAGGUCACCGGCUCCAAAGCCGUCGUCCAGGUGUUUGAAGGAACGUCAGGCAUUGAUGCCAAGAAGACAAGCUGUGAAUUUACAGGGGACAUUUUACGCACACCCGUGUCGGAGGACAUGCUGGGGCGUGUGUUUAACGGAUCGGGAAAGCCAAUCGACAGAGGGCCGGCUGUCUUGGCUGAGGAUUACUUGGACAUCAUGGGCCAGCCCAUCAACCCACAGUGCCGUAUCUACCCCGAGGAGAUGAUCCAGACCGGCAUCUCCGCCAUCGACGGCAUGAACAGCAUCGCCAGGGGGCAGAAAAUCCCCAUUUUCUCUGCAGCUGGUCUUCCACAUAACGAGAUCGCAGCGCAGAUCUGUCGGCAGGCCGGCCUGGUCAAGAAGUCCAAAGACGUGAUGGACUACAGCGAGGAGAACUUUGCCAUUGUGUUUGCUGCCAUGGGGGUGAACAUGGAGACUGCUAGAUUUUUCAAGUCUGACUUUGAGGAGAACGGCUCCAUGGACAACGUGUGCUUGUUCCUCAAUCUGGCCAAUGAUCCCACGAUUGAACGCAUCAUCACUCCCCGUCUAGCGCUGACUGCUGCUGAGUUCCUGGCCUAUCAGUGUGAGAAACAUGUCCUGGUCAUCCUAACUGACAUGAGCUCCUACGCUGAAGCCCUGAGAGAGGUGUCUGCAGCGAGAGAGGAGGUACCCGGACGCCGCGGUUUCCCCGGUUACAUGUACACCGAUCUGGCGACAAUCUACGAGCGGGCCGGGCGAGUGGAGGGCCGUAAUGGCUCCAUCACUCAGAUCCCCAUCCUCACCAUGCCCAAUGAUGACAUCACGCAUCCCAUUCCUGAUUUGACCGGCUACAUCACAGAGGGUCAGAUCUACGUGGACCGACAGCUUCACAACAGACAGAUCUACCCCCCGAUCAACGUGCUGCCGUCUCUGUCUCGACUCAUGAAGUCGGCCAUCGGAGAGGGAAUGACGCGCAAGGACCACUCGGACGUCUCCAACCAGCUGUACGCGUGUUACGCCAUCGGGAAGGACGUCCAGGCCAUGAAGGCUGUAGUGGGAGAAGAAGCUCUGACGGCUGAUGAUCUGCUCUACCUGGAGUUCCUGCAGAAGUUUGAGAAGAAUUUUAUUUCUCAAGGCGCUUAUGAAAACCGCACCGUGUACGAGACCCUGGACAUCGGCUGGCAGCUGAUGCGAAUCUUCCCCAAGGAGAUGCUGAAGAGGAUCCCACAGAGCACGCUGGCUGAGUUUUACCCCCGAGAGUCCAAACACUGAGCCGCUCAUACAUCCGUUCUAUUCAUUUAUCGUCUCCUGUGUAUCUCUGGUCCUUAAAUAUAAACCCCACCCCACCCCCGGAUAAGACCCGCCCUCAGCUGCGGCGUUACUCUCUCUCCUCACUGUAGCGGUGUAGUUCUCCUGCUUUCUCUACAUUAUCUGUAGUGUGGCCAAACCGUGAUGUAUGUAUAUAUGUUGUGAAUAUUGUGGUAAUGGAAUAUUGAGUGCAAAAACAAACAAAAAAAUUAAUAUUGUGAGGAUAUAAAUAGCUUAUUAGCCAAACAUUUAUCCUGGUGCCACCACUAGAGUGCUGGAAUCAUCACUACAAACUAUAAAGCUGUGUGUAUCUGAGACGUGAGGAGGUGAAAAGUGAUACGACUGUGUGUAAAAAUGAAAAAAUAGGAAAGAAUUUAAGGGAGAUACGUUUUUACACCAAAUGUAGUUGAUCAGGGGAAGAAGUCGGCGUUCUUCACACUAGAAUGUAACGAUAAGCAGAAUCGACUAAUAAGGUGUGUCCAAACAGAUCAUCGGUAAGCACAUUAAACUUCUUGUCCUCAACCACUGAUUUAUUUAUAAGCAGUUCUUCUUCUUCCUAGUGAUCUGCGUUGCCAUAGUAGCAGCAGUUUUAUUGUGAAAAGCACAGUGCCACCUGCAGGUCUGGAGAACCUGUAUGCUACACCCAAUACGAAAACGCAAAAAGUAUACGCGGUUGUACUUUCAUGAACGAGGCAGCCUUCACAGACAUCGUCUCCACAUGACGCGGCCUGAGACAGUCAGUCAUGUCCGGUGUCUGCGUUGCUGCCGCUUUAGAUUUGCACUAGAGCUGUGAGCCUGGACAGGGGACAGGGGGCGAUGUGACAAAAAUAUUCCACAAUUCUGAAACGCGGUUUUACAAAACACGUAGAGCUGUGCGAUUUAGUCUAUUAUGCAAUUUAAAAGGUUACAUUUUUUUUGGAUUUAUGAAUUAUUUAGGCAAAAAAAUUAAGGGUUAAAGAGUUUAAAUGGCCUAAAAUUAACAUAUUUAUUCCUAAAGAUGAAUAAAACCUAUCACAGCUUUUGUAGAGAAUACGAAACACUUCCAUCUUCCUUAAAUACUCUUGCAUUUUACAAGAUUAUCGCUGCUUCCUCUUUUGAGUUUUUGAGCAUUGGGUGCAAUACCGCCACCUGCUGGACUGGAGUGUGGAGAAGAAGAGUGAGACUUUUUUGAGACAUGGCAUUUAAACAUUACAACAUAAAGUGCACAGCAUUUCAGUGUUUAUUAGAAAUUUUAAGUAGUUUUAAUCUUUCAAACGCUGUAAGAAAUGUAGACAAAUCAGACGUUAAUGCUGUUGAAUGGAAAAUCACAAGACCAAAAAGCAAGUUUGCGUUGUAAAUAUAAACCAUUUAAGUAAUUUCUAUAAAUAAUCGUUAUUUAGAUCGGAAAUUGUUUUAUAAGAUCUGUAAGAAUGUUAAUGUUUGUGUUUUAACCAAAUAUUCAACAUCAGUUUGCAAAUCUUUUUAUUUAAGCAAAAAAAAAAAGAAAAAAGGGGAAAAGAUGAAUAUUUGACAUGAGUCUAAUGGACGUCUUUGUCUCAUCCAAAUGUCUCAUCCAAAAUCUUAUCUGUAGAUUUGGACCAACAUCUUUCACACUAUGCGAUAUUGUCAACUCUCCCACUUUGUCAUAAUAUCAGAUGCGAGAUUCCUGCUGUGUUUCAUUUAAACACAAAACGGAAAACUGUAACACUUCAAACAAACAAACAAAAGAGGAAGUUUCAGUGUCGUCGUCUGAUGUUGUGUGCUCAAUCUAACAUAUGUCAAGAAGCUUUAAGCUCUAGUGCGAAGCUAAAGAAACAUGUUCAGCUGAUCGAUUAUAUUGGGGAUAAAUAGAAAAACUGUAAAAAAAAAAAAUAAUAAUAAUAAAAAAAAACUUAAUCCUGCACUUUGCAUUAAAUCCUAACAUGAGCGAAUAUCUUGCUGUUCGUUUAUAUGCAUACACUAUAUCCUGGUUAUCAGUCAUGCAGAUCUGGGUCUUUUUUUUUCCAACAAGCAAUAGUGCUUACCGAAAUUAUUAUUAUUUUUUUUUUUUCAGUUCAAUUCACAAACCUCUCUCUAUAUAAAUACACCUGUAAUUAAAUAUUUAUUUUUCUGGCUUCUGUAUUUGAUCAGUUGAAUGUUGUUUGCUAUUUUUAUUUUAUUUAAUAUGCUGACAUUUUUAUUAUUAUAAUUAUUUAUUUGUGCCAAGGAGUAAAGUGUGUAUCACCUCAGGUGAGUGUCACAUGGAAGAAUGUUUAGUCUGAGUGCAUGGAAAUGAUGUGGUUGUGAAACAUCUGUUUAUCAUUCAGUCUGUGGAAUAAAACAUGAUCAUGUG